AUGUUCGUGUCGACGGCAGCUCCCCCAGCAGCCCCGCUGCUGCUGCGUCCGGCCGCGCUCCACGUCGUGGUCGAGGCUUUGGUCGAGGUCAGACGACAUCGUACAGAGUCGGCCGCGGCCCGCCCGGUGCACGGUGCCCCGCUCGCGCCGCGCCGUCUGAGUUUCGCGCCGCGCCGUCUGAGUUUCGCGCCGCGCGCGGUGAGGCUAAUUAAAACAAUACCACUCGUCGGCGCGCGUGCCCCAGUGCAUCCGCGCGCGUCGCCCGAGCACGACAUGAGCCUGUGCGCGCGCGCAGACCCCGCCGCCGCCGACGGGCCUCUGCGCGAGGGGAGCGACCGCCCGGGGCAGGAGGAGGUGACGUACGCGCUCCGCGAGGUGCCAGCCCGGAUGCGCAUCCUGGACCUCCUGAGGCCGACGGAGCUCGGCAAGGACGGCCCGGACCUCAGCCGGCCCCUGCCGCGCCGGGGGCUCGUUCGCCCGUACGACGACGACACGCGUCGGUUCCUGCAGCAGAUCCUGCUCGACACCAUCGACGCGCCCCCCGCCCUCGACGACCGAGUGCGGGACGCGCCGGAUGAGUCGGGGGGCGCGGACGUGGACGAGGGCGGGGACAAGCGCGAGCGGUCCCUGGCGGACGAGCUGCGGGAGGCGGAGGAGGAGGAGCGGACGGGGAGCCUGCGCCGCGAGCUGCUGCGGGAGUUCCGACGGCGGGGUGGCGCCGCGCGGGAGGCGCUGGAGCGCGACCGCCUGGGCCGCCUGGCGCUGGCGGUGGAGCAGGACGAGGACGGCGCGGGGCAGGGGGAGGACGCGGGAGCGGGGCUGGGCGCGGCUGCGCGCCGCCUGGACGCGCUGCUGGCCGAGUCGCGAAGCCUGCAGGUGGAGCUGGCCGGCAUCCGCGACGACAUGCAGGCGGAUUGCGCGCGCGCGUGUCGGUGCGCGGACGCGGCGCGCGCGCUGGCGGCGCAGUCGCGGGCGGUGCGCUACCUGGACGACGUGGUGGCGCUGCUGCGGGGGGAGGUGGCCGCCGUCGCCCGCGCCCGGGACUGGCCCUUCGCCCUCGGCCCGCGCAGCCCCGACAGGAACUACGUCGUGUGACCAGGGGUCAUCACCUGUGACCACAGCGUCAUGGUACUAGCAGCCAGAUCCUGCAUCAGCCACCUUCAGGACGCUGAAAUAUCCAGAAAGACAGGAUACCGCACAUUUUAUAAUAAAUAUCGUAGUGUGCUUAUUGCAUAGAAAAUGUUUAACGAAUUUCAUCAGAAAAAAUGGUAUUUAUUUAUACUUAUUGUAUAGAUGCGUACUAGUGUUGGUAAA